AUUGUCACUAAAAAAAAUCAGUAUUACUCCAUUUCCAUUCCUUUCACUUCUUUCCAAACCAAACUGGAACCUAAAUCAAAUAACAAUACAGGAUCUUUUCCCUCCAAGACUCUCUUUCUGUCUCUAUAUCACAAAGCUUAGAGAACAAUUUAACAUCCCAUGGACUCAACCAGACACACAUGCUUGAAACUCGAUCUCCCAAACAAGUCCGAGCUCGAAGAAACCCAACAGAUCUUCGUGAAAGGUACGUGGUUCGAGUCUCGCUUCCAACUUUUCAUCACCAACGGUCUCGAUGCUUGGAUUUGCGAAGCAUCGGAGGAUGAGGUUAGAGAGAGAGCGUCUCAGUGGGACCAACCGGUCGCCGAGUACAUCGAGAUGGCCGAGCGAUACCUAGGGUUUCAACAGCCUGGUUCCAUUUAUGGUUUCGCGGAUGCUGGAAAAGAGCAUCGAAGAUUGUCAUGGACAUUUGAAAAGCAAGGGACUAAGCUAGAGUGGCGAUGGAAAUGUCAGCCAUCACCUAAUAGUAAGAAAACAACAGCAGGAAUCUUGGAUUUCCUUAUGGAUGCAAACAUACGACUAAGUGAUGAAGUCGUUAGAAAAACCCAGUCAUUUGAGAGGCUAAAAGUGGAAGCUGAAAAGUGUGUAGCCCAAAGUGAGAAAUUGAGCAAUGAGAAGGAAGAAUUUGAAUCUGCGAUAUAUGCAAAGUUUCUCGGGGUCUUGAAUUCAAAGAAGACGAAACUCAGAGAGCUCCGAAACCAGCUUUCGAAGCAGCAAACUUCUGGAAAAUUGGCAGAAGAAGAGGAGCAAGAGUCCACAGAUAGAACUGAGAGUUUUGAUGGUGGAAGUGAUGAUGACAAAAGCGAGGAAGAACCUGAGAAGAAUCUUACCAGCACUUCAAAGGGUGUUCGAGCAAGUAAACCUCGCGGGCGAAAGAGGAUUUCACGCAAUUAGACGUCUCACUAGCCAAGUUUGAGUUCAUUGCUGCCCCUUUCUGUCUCUCUUUUUUCCUUCUCUUCUCUUUUCUUGUACUUCCUUUCUUUUCUUUUCUUUUCUUGUACAGAAGAAUUUACGGAACAAUCAAAACUUGCCUCCAAUUAGUUUCAAGAAAAUAUAUUCGUAGACUCUAAUGUAAGUUCUUGGACAUCUGACAGAUCCUAUUUUUCUUUCAAAUUUAUUACGUGGCCCAUGUAAAAGAGCAGAGUUCUCUUUGGAGUUUAACGAUUGAGUUUUCUUUUUUCA